AUGUCGGCCAAUCGUGGUCGUGGCAGAGGUCGUGGCGGCAGGGGCGGCCAGGGCGGAGAGGCCUCUCGCGGUGGUGGUGGUGGUGGUGGAGGUGGAGGUCGCGGGCGCGGUGAGUUCCAAGGAGACCGUGGCCGGGGCGGCUUCCAAGGAGACCGCGGAGGUCGCGGCCGAGGCGACUUUCAUGGUGAUCGCGGAGGUCGUGGCCGCGGUGACUUUCAAGGCUAUCGGGGCGGAAGGGGCCGAGGCGACUUCCCGGCCGAUCGCGGCCGUGGUGGAUUUCGGGGAGGCCGUGGUGGUGGGUAUGGUGGUCCCGGCGGCGAUGUCUAUCAAGGUCAAGGCUCCGUUGUUCCGCAACCUGAUCCGCAGGUCACGACGUUAGAAAAUAACUGGAUCCAACAACAAAAUGCCCCCGCGGGCCAGCUCACUGCUCAGAUGGCCACGCUCUCGGUUAAAGAUAACUCUGGCUUCUUUCCCAUUCGGCCUUCUUUUGGCACAGACGGAACUGAAGUCGUCCUUUGGGCGAACUAUUUUAACCUAAAAGUCUCGGUCCGAUCACUAUUCAAGUACACGCUAAGAGUCACCGCUAAGAAGGUUACCAAGGCCCAAGACGAUGAAAGAGAAAAGGCUCAGGGAGGGCAGAAGGGUGCCGAUCUCAAAGAAGCCAAGGGCAAGAAGUUGCAAAAGAUCAUCCAGCAGGUCUUGGGUAAAUUUCCCGCUACUCUCGCCUUGGCUACCGAGUUUAAAGCCAAUCUUGUGUCUUCGGAGAAACUCAGCAUCCCGCCGGAUGGCGUCGUACAAGUGGAUCUCGCCGAACCUGGCCGCAAGACCGCUGACAAGUGGUUCGUAAGGUUUGACGGACCUGAGUCAUUGGACAUUGGUGGCCUGUUGGGAUACCUGAGGACGUUCGAUGACCUAGGCUAUGAGACAGUCUACCCCAGAUUUUCCGCCGAGAUCGAUGCACUUGGCGUAGUGCUCGGCCAUACGGCCCGAGCUGACUUCCAAAACACUUCGACGGUUGGACGGAAUCGCUUCUUCGCGAUUGAUCCGGAGCGGAUGGAGGCCGAAGCGCCGCAAGACAGCAUUUUGGCAAUCCUACGCGGUUACGUUCAGAGUGUCCGCCCUGCUACUGGUCGACUGCUGCUGAAUGCAAACGUCACGCACGGCGUGUUCCGUGGGCCUGAAUCAAUAACCCUCGACUCGCUUUUCGAACGGCUCGGCCUCGUGGGCCUUGACAAACCGAACCCGCCCCGACAACUUGUCCUCAAUCUCACAAGGAUACACAAAUUUCUUAUGAGAGCGCCAAUCCUCUGCAGACGUCCCGGCGACAAGCCAGGCGAAUGGGUGAUAAUUGAGCGGUCAAUUGCCGGUUUGGCUAGUGUUAAAGAUGGGUCGAAGGAGAACCCCUUACAAUUUACCCAGCACCAGAUACCCUUUGGCAGCCCGACAACUGUCAAAUUUCGUCUAAACAAACCCAGUACGGAUAUACAACCCCCGAAAGGCCUCCAAUACGGCAGCAUGAUCGACACGGCGACAUACUUCAGAGCCAAGUACGGUCUUGAUGUCAAGAAAGGCUUGCCGCUGAUUAAUCUUGGAAACGCAAAAAAUCCCAGAUACGUGCCGGCGGAGUGGUGCAAGCUGGCCCGUAGGCAGCCCAUCAAAGCGAAGCUCUCCCCGAGGGAACAGGAUUCGAUGAUUAGAUUCGCCUGCCGACCGCCUCCCAGUAAUGCGCUUUCGAUCACGACUUCGGCUAGGAAAGUGCUGGCUCUGGACAACAACCCUCUUCUAGACAAAUUUGGUAUUUCAGUUGGUACAGAGCUGAUCACAGUCAAGGGCCGGGAGUUGUUGCCUCCUGCUGUUGCAUAUACUGGCGGCAAUGUCACUCCAGAGAGAGGAUCUUGGCUGAUGAGGAAUGUCAAGGUUGUGAAGCCUGGAGCAGUCAAGACUUGGUCAUUCCUUCACCUUGGCGACCAGCACGACCAUGCUGCAAUCGUAUCGACAGUGCAAAACUUCGCCGGCUUUUUGCGCAACAAGAUGGGAAUCAACUUUCCCACGCAACCAGUUCCGCAGACUGGCAUUCUCACUGCGGCCCGGGAAGCUGACUUGAAGGUUGCGUUUGAGAAACUGAAUAGACAGUCACCGCGGCCUGAUUUUGUUCUUGUCGUUCUACCUGACAAAGAUACACUGGUGUACAACUGCGUCAAGAAACUCGGAGAUGUCUCACAUGGUUUCCAUACCGUCUGCGUCGUCAAAAAGAACUUUGUUGAGCAGAGGGGUCAGCAAGGAUACUUUGCCAACGUUGGACUCAAGGUCAAUCUGAAACUUGGCGGCGUUAACCAUAGGCUACAACACGACAACGCGCUGAUCAAGGCUGGGAAGACCAUGUUCGUGGGGUACGACGUUACUCACCCUACGAACCUCGCCCCUGGAGUAGGGGAAGAUGCACCCAGUCUUGUAGGCCUCGUAGCGAGCGUCGACAGCGACCUUGCGCAGUGGCCUGCAGUGGCGUGGAAGAACCAAAGCCGGGUUGAAAUGCUCGAUGCAAAGUUGGUCCAGCAUUUCCAGGAUCGGCUGAAACUUUGGCGAAACAAGAACCAAGGCCGGCUGCCGGAAAACAUUGUCAUCUUCCGCGACGGCGUAUCGGAGGGUCAAUACAGGUUGGUUCUGGAAAAAGAAUUACCUUUUAUCCGCACGGCCUGCAAGACGAUGUAUCCAGCGAACGCAAAGCAGCCGCGGAUAUCCCUGAUUGUGUCUGUCAAGAGACAUCAGACUCGCUUCUAUCCCGCGGACAGGGAGCAUAUACAUCCAAGAUCCAAGAGCCCAAAGGAAGGCACGAUUGUCGAUCGAGGUGUAACGAGCGUACGGUACUGGGACUUUUUCUUGCAAGCCCACGCCUCUCUUCAGGGAACCGCUCGCCCGGCUCACUACUCGGUUCUGCUCGACGAGAUCUUCCGAAGCGACUAUGGCGCUGAGGCAGCCAAUGUGCUGCAGAAGCUCACGCACGAUAUGUGCUAUAUCUAUGGCCGCGCCACGAAAGCCGUCAGUAUUUGCCCGCCGGCAUACUACGCGGACUUGGUUUGCACGCGAGCCCGGGUCCAUAUGAACGAACUCUUUGACGACACGAGUACCGUUGCUUCGGGCAGUGCCCCGCAAUCAACGGCCGACGGCAAGGUGCAUCAGAAGCUCCAGCACACCAUGUAUUACAUCUGA